AGUCUUAGUGGAAAGCUGGGACUGCGGUUCCCGAGAAUGGACCCCAGUUGCUGAGUUACACUAGGGGAAGGGGCAGAGGUCUUGAGUGGAGGGUGGAGGUCUGACGAGUCCUGGAUGCCGCCCUACUUUGACACAAAUUCCUUGUGGGACCGAUGAGAAGGAGCAGGCUUAGAGAUCAUAAGGGCAAGUGCGAGCGAGGAGGGACUCCCAGGUGAUACAAUGAGUUUUGGAGGGAGGUCAGCGGGAACGAAGUUGUGCCUGCAGCUGUUACCAUAGUAACUGGGGACCGGAUGUGGCGACCUUAGGGUGCGACGAUUAUUCUCAAGCCCUCUGGCCCGACAGCCUGCGGACUCUAUGGCACACUGUGAGGAGCCGAUUGUAGGGUUUUCGGCAAGAGGAAAGCAGGAAUUCUUUAAAGAAUUUCUAGAAACUCAGCAGUGGGAAGGUUUGCGAUUGCUGCCAUGCCUGGCAGAGGCCGAGGGGGAUGGUUUACGCGAGAAUAAGCCGCACAAAGGCUCCCCACAGCCUUCCGGAAGUGAAAUGGGGGGGCGCCUCAGCUCGUCCACCACCGUCUCCGGAAGCGGAAAUAGAAUCCCAGUGUGCCCCUUCCUCACUGCCCUCCAAAUCCCGCUGCAGCCAUUGCCGCAGCCACGAUGCCGAAACGAAAGAAACAGAAUCAGCAGCAGCUGCCGCAGCAGCAGCAGCAGCCCCCAUUGUCAGAGCGGGAAGAGACUGGAGACGAGGAGGACGGGAGUCCCAUCGGACCACCCAGCCUUCUGGGCCCUCGCCCCAUGGCCAAUGGAAAACCUGGUAACCCCAAGUCAGCUCUUCACAGAGGUGCUCCAGGAUCAAGGGGACCAGUGAUUCCACCACUGCUGAGUCUCCCACCUCCUCCCCGAGGCAGAGGCCCAAUCCAAGGAGGUCCAGGCCCCAGGUCUGGCCCAUAUGGUCACGGUUGGUGGGGGGCCAAUGCUGAACCUUUUCCUGGACCAGGCCAUGGGGGUCCCUGCAGGGGAGGCUUUCACAAAGAGCAGAGAAACCCUAGAAGACUCAAAAGCUGGUCUCUUAUCAAGAAUACCUGCCCGCCCAAGGAUGUACCCCAAGUUAUGGAAGACAAAUCCAGCCGCCCUGUCUGCCGACAUUUUGCCAAAAAGGGUCACUGUCGAUACGAGGACCUCUGUGCCUUCUACCACCCAGGCGUCAAUGGACCUCCUCUGUGAGACUGUGCCUUCCCCUCCAGGCUAGAAGGAGCCCUCUGUGACUAGUGGCCAUAUGUUUUCCCUGUGGCCCUGUGAUGGCUACUGUGAGGCUAUUCACCUGCCACCCUCAGUCAGUGACACCCACCCCUUCCACCACCUCCCCGCCUUGGGGUGCGGAAUUGUGUUUCAUCACUCGUGCACAGAGUGCACUCUUUCUUCUGAUCCAGCCUCCAGAGACUCACCUUCAGGACCCCAUCUUUGCUCCAUUCAACUGCCUCCUGGAUCCUCUUCCCCGUCACCAACUGACUGCUGAACAGGAAACCUCUUUGGUGCUGCUGUUUCUUGUGCAUCUAUCCAUCCAGCCCCCAGUAUCACCUUUAAUUCCUGAGAGCCCUGGAGCAGCUUCCUACCAUUCCCUUCUUCUAGCUGCUUAUUUUCAGUACUUUUUAUGUGACAUACCCAACCCCCAGUGUUGUCAGCUGCUCUGUGAAACUCACCAGGUUGUCUGACCUGGGGUCAAGUUUGAAAGACUGGUACGGAGUUACUGCCUGAAAGGCCACUCUCCCUGCUUUUGGAUUUUGUAGUUUCUGCAUCAGUAGCAUGAUCCCAACCGCUCUGGUCUGUGGUCACUGUGCUUUGUGAAACCAUGUGUCCUUUUGUAGCCUU